CGUGGUAUUUUUUAAUGGUUUUUCCUUGUAUUUUUAUUUUCCUCGUAGAUUUUUUGAAAGGUUAGGUUGUUCAUAAAAUUGUGUACAAGUAAAAGCCUCGUAACAUGGAUAUCAUAAAUGAUUUAGAUAAUGCUGAUACGAUCAGUAUAGACACAUUGGCUCUAGAAAAGAUGGUGCUUGAAGAAAGAGCUCAGGAAUUAAACGAAUUAAAAUCUCUAAGUAAAAAAGUCUGUCAUUUACAUACAAGUUUACUGUACUAUCGAAACCCAAAAUCGAAAAUGGGAACUAUAUGUUAUGAAGCUUGGAAAUCUUUAUUAAAACGGAUAGGGGGAACUCAUAAUGGAUGGCGAGAUUUGGGGCAGCAUUUGCAAAUAGCAAGAUCAGAUCUAGACUACAUAAAGAAUUCUGUGAAAGAUGACCCUGUGGAUGUCGUUCUAAAAGUUUUCAUGCAAAAUGAGAAAGCUACAUUGGAUAAAAUAGUGGAUGCAUUACUUAUCCUGAAAAGAUAUGAUAUCCUCAAAUCCAUUGAAGAUCCAUUUUUAGAUUUAGCUCAAUGUUUCAAUAAAGAUGACAGUGGGUAUCACAGCAAUAGCAAAAGUAAUGGUAAUAAAGAAAUAAUCAGUUUGUCAAAAAAUUUACCCAAUGAUCUACCACCUGCUUUGAACAAAAAUGUAGUUAUAAAAAACAAAGAUCCUAAUAAACCAAAUCAACCAAAACCUAGGCAACAAACAAAGAAAAUUGACAAAGAAAAUAAAAAUGGCACUCCUAUUUUAUUCUUAACUUUCACUGAGGAUGGUAAUCAAACAGCACAGAAUAUACAAGACUAUGUUGAGAAUUGGACUGACAUGGAACCAGUUACAGUAAUAACAUUGACUGACAAAAGGGAUGAAGUAUACCAAAAUCCAGAAAAAUUCAUUAGGGAAUAUUUUGAAAAGGCUGACUAUAUUGUACCCAUCAUAACUUCGGGCUAUCUCAGUGCAAUUAGAUCCUGUAAUGCAAGUGAUCCACAUGUAACUGAUAACUUGGAUUAUAAAUAUGUAAAUUUCAUUUAUUCUCUAAUAGUUAAUCAUUAUAUUCAUGCUACUGGUUGUCUUAACAAGAAAGUCAGAACUGUUCUACCUCAACAAGUUGAUGUUGAUGUAUUCAGACAUAUUAGUAUGUAUCCAGAUUUGAUGCCAAUGACACAUGAAUCAAAAUUUAAUGAACAAUUCCAAGCAUUUUUGCGAACAAGAGAAUAGAAAUAUCAGUAUUGUGAUAUAAUUUAAUUAGACAAUUUUGUAUGAACAUGUUUAAAUUUUACCACCUAGGAUGGAACUGAAUCUAAUAGCUAUUAAUUUGACUGGUGAUAUCUACUUACCCAUAGGGAUUAACCAAUGAAUUUCAUGUUUUAUUGAAAGUUACACUGUUUCAUCAAAAUAUUUUGUCGUUUAAAUUAAAUAUAAAAUAGACUAUAACACUAUCAUUUUGGUACAACUUAUACAACCAUUUUGA